CCGAAACGCCCUCCCUCAAUUUAGCGCCGUUGACGAACAAGCUCAAUUCCAAUGGUUGGCCUAUCCUUGUCCGUUGAACCCACUCGCUCGCAGAAAAAAAGGGAGGCAGCACAUGGUUGCAUCCAUGGUAGCAAUUAGAGCAAACAAGGCCGUGCUUUUGUUUAAAUUCAGAUUGCAUCUCCAAGCGUGCAAACCAGGCAGGGACUCUUAUGGAUCGCUCUCUCUCUCUCCCUCUCUCUUCUGCUGAGCACGGGCUCUUUCUCCGACGCUAGAAAGAAAGGACUGACUGUUCCAAAGAUCUCUGCCAUUGUCUUCCCCGUUUUCUUCUUCUCUGAGUCUUUUGGCUUGUAAUGUGUUUUUUUUCCUCAUCUUUUCUUUUAGCUCGCUAGAUUUGAUAAGACCGACCAGGUCCCUCUUCUUGUCUCUGAAUUCUGGGCUUGUAAUGUUUGUUUACCAUACCUCUUCAGUUCACGAAGUUUGACAGGCCCUCGCCCGCGCUCAUCUAUCCGUGACAGAGCCUCGACCAAGUCCAACCCGGAGCCUUUAGCCGCUUUCCACGUUUUUCCAGUCGCUGCUUAAUAGACGCUGGGCAUUCUUUUCAGUCCUUCGCCAUGUCGCAAUUCAAUCACUUCAAGAUUAAGCGGGCAGCCAAUGCCCUCAGCAGAAAGGGUUCUGACUCGUCAUUCAAUCCAUUCGCGCACAUACAGUGGCGCAAGGAAAGAAGUCAGACCUUCCCGGUCGAUGUCGAACGUGGCGAGGGUGCAGGUGGUGGUCGCGCACGGAGGGACGACGGCGAAGACGAUAUCGAUCACUCGCCAAUAGUGCAUGUCAGCACGGCACCAGUCUCUGGUAGGGGACAAAAUGAGAGGGCUACUGAUCAGGAGUCCAUCGGCGCUGCGCCUACUGCUACUAAUUCCGAAAAGCAGUCUCAGGAGCCCGUUGACGCCAGCAGAGAUGACAACAAGACCUUGACAGGCUUGUCACCAGAGUCUGCAGAGAACGGACUGCGCCAAAGACGACCGGAGCCCAAACUGGACACGACGGUGGACGGCCUUGCGCCCUCUAGCAGCGGAGCGGAAACUGGAAGCGAUGCCGACAACGGAAAGCAGAAGAAGUCGUCCCGAUUUAUCAAACACGUCGAGCCCAAGGAGCCCUUUACUAUUGCCAACCAGCUACAACGCACCUUUCUCAGCUCAUGGAUCAAUAUUUUACUAUUCGCCGCUCCUGCCGGCAUAGCAUUGCACUUUACCAGUGUCAGCCCUAUCGUAAUCUUCGUCGUCAACUUCAUUGCUAUUAUCCCCCUGGCCUCAAUGCUGGGUUUUGCCACUGAGGAGAUAGCACUCAGGACAGGAGAGACACUGGGAGGCUUGAUCAAUGCAACUUUCGGAAAUGCAGUUGAGCUUAUAGUAGCCAUUAUUGCGCUCAUGGAAGGAGAGGUCGUCAUUGUGCAGACGUCCCUUAUCGGCAGCAUACUUUCGAACUUGCUUUUGGUCCUCGGCAUGUGUUUCUUCUUUGGUGGUCUGCGGAGGAGAGAGCAGUUUUUCAACGAGACAGUUGCGCAAACUGCAGCAAGUCUCCUCGCGCUAGCCGUUGCUGGUGUUAUUGUUCCGACCGUCUUUGACCGCGCCAGCAACACACCAGAUCACGAUGUGGCGCUCCUUUCUCGCGGCACUGCCAUAAUCCUUCUGUUUGUUUACGCCGGCUAUCUUUUUUUCCAGCUGCACACCCACCAGGAAGUGUUUGGCGAGGAGAGCCAAAAGGUUCCCGCAAAGCCUUUCCGGAAUCAUUCUCCCAAUCCGGCGCGGAAUGGAAUCGCGGCUGGCCUAGCCGGCCCCGGCCGCGGAUUAAUAGCCCAGUCCAUAUCACCAUCUGGCGAAGAGGGCAGGGAGAAGCUUUCGCAAAUGCUCAAGGAGCCGGGCAGGGUGGCAGCGGCAGCGGAGGAGGAAGAUGACAGUGAGGAGCCGCAGCUGCAUUUUUUCGUCGCCCUGGCCCUGCUAGCUGGUUGCACCGUCGUAAUUGCGUUCUGUGCCGAGUUCCUUGUCGACAGCAUCGACUACGUCACCAGUCAAGGCGGUAUCUCCAAGGAGUUCCUCGGUCUGAUCCUUCUGCCUAUCGUCGGAAAUGCGGCGGAGCACGCAACGGCCGUCACGGUUGCUAUCAAGGACAAGAUGGACCUGGCGAUCGGUGUUGCCAUCGGCUCGAGCAUGCAGGUCGCCCUAUUUCUCAUCCCGCUCCUGGUUGUCAUUGGUUGGGGCAAAAACAUGGACGCCAUGGGCCUGAGCUUCGAUAUAUUUCAGGUCGCUGUCAUGUUUGUGGCGGUUCUGUUGGUUAACUACCUGAUCAGCGACGGCAAGAGCCAUUGGCUGGAGGGGAUGCUUCUCAUGUGCCUCUAUGCCAUUAUUGCCGUCUGUUCUUGGUGGUAUCCCACUCCUCAGCCAACAACCUGACACUGUUUCGCGUUGGUUAUACUAAGAUGUGGAAACAUUUGGGCGUAUAAAAAGACCCACUGUUUUCUGUAUGUCACAUACUCCAAGAUCACUUAAUAUGUAAAAAAAGUCUGUAUUUUGUCUUGACACGAGCCUCAAACAAAUCAACACGCCUUUUUCAGGACGGCUUCCUUUGUUGAUACAAGUUUUCUUUUAUCUAUUACAUGCGAUAACUUCCUCGAAAUGAUGAGGCCCACAUUAUCUGAAUGCCAGAACAAUGCCUUUGCUCAAGAUCCUCCGAAAAUAGGC